CGGACGGACGCACUUCCGGCGGACGGAGGCGGGGCGGGCCCCGGCAACGGAAGUGAGCGGUGGGGCUGGCUGACCGGAACGUGCGUGUGGCCGCUGGUUGCAAGCCUUGAAAAUGAAUGCCCGGGGCCUUGGCUCUCAGCUGAAGGACAGCAUUCCAGUUACUGAGCUGUCAGCGAGUGCGCCUUUCGAAAGUCAUGAUCUUCUGCGGAAAGGUUUUCCUUGUGUGAAAAAUGAACUCUUGCCCAGUCACCCUCUCGAACUAUCAGAAAAAAAUUUCCAGCUCAACCAAGAUAAGAUGAAUUUUUCCACACUGAGAAACAUCCAGGGUCUGUUUGCUCCGCUCAAGCUGCAGAUGGAGUUCAAGGCAGUGCGGCAGGUUCAGCGUCUUCCAUUUCUUACGAGCUCAAACCUCUCACUGGAUAUUUUGAGAGGUAAUGAUGAGACUAUUGGAUUUGAAGAUAUUCUCAAUGAUCCGUCGCAAAGUGAACUAAUGGGAGAGCCACACUUGAUGGUAGAACACAAACUUGGUUUACUGUAAUUCAGUGUGCUGUCCGUGACACCAGAGGGGCUGCAUUCCUGUUUGUGUCUGUUGUCUUGCUAUAAUUUGAUGUAUACAACAUUAAAAAUACUGACACUUAAGAA